AGCAUUUGAGCUCGGGGUGCAGCUCAGCCACGAUGCCAUGAUCCAGGCUUCCCAUAGCGCCACAGCGCUGGGGCUCCUGGCGGUUUUGCUGCCCCCGCUGCUGCUCCUGGAGCUCGCUGUCUACGGCAUCGUGUUCGUGGCGCUUGCCCUCCUCGUGUCUUUGAGCAACCAAGAGGAGGAGCCAGCUUCGAAAGCGGAGCAGUCCAAAGCUGCGGAGCUCUUGCAGCGUUUGCGCCGGAGCAAUGCGACCGAGAAGGUCUUGCGCGAGGUUCUGACGCCGGACCUCCAGGGGCUCUUGCGGGACCACAUGGACCCCGUGGCGGGAGAGCUCGCAGAGGAGGUCAGUGCGUUGCUGGCCAAAGCCAGCCCCAAGGUGGCGCGAGGCCUUUGCGCAUCCUUCGGGCAGAGCGGGCUCUUCCUGAGCGGCGGCGGCAUGCUGGGCAUGUACCACGUGGGCACGGUCCGGCGUUUGCUCCAGGAAGGCUUGUUGCCGCAACAGAUCUGCGGCACCUCUGUGGGCUCCAUCAUCGGCGCCUUUGCGGCGACCCGCACCGACGAGGAGAUGCGGCGAGAUUUGUAUGGCCUGGAGGAGUGGUUUCGGCAGAUGGGUCCCGUGGCGGGGCCCUUCCCGGUGCAGUACUGGGAGGUGGUGGUGCGGGUUCUUUGGCGAGGCUACAUCUACGAUUACAUGAAUCAGUAUCGAAACCAGGCCACCUUUGUCUCGAUGGGUCUCACCUUUGCAGAGGCCUAUGCCAGAACCGGCAGGACGCUGACAAUCACCUGCGCGUCCAGCACUGGUGGUCCGGUGGUUCUGCUGAACAGGCACACAGCGCCAAAUGUGAUGAUUGCGUCGGCCAUUUGCGCAUCCUCCUCAAUGCCAAUGCUGGUGGAGGCCGUGCGCUUGCUUGAGAAGGCGCCUGAUGGCUCGCUGCAACCAUGGGAAGGCGCAACCGACUUGAUGAGGGACGGCACAAUGAUGGCAGAUUCGCCUUGCCGGGAGCUGGAAGAGAUGCUGAAUGUGCGCUGGUCCCUGGUCUCACAGGUGAACCCGCAUGUGGUUCCUCUCCUUCUGCCGCGGAUUCUGGCGGAGCGCGCGAGUCAACUUCCCGGCGUCUUUGCAAGGAGCCUUACGAACUUGGAGCGUUGGACGCGCAGGAGUAUUUGGGCCACUUUGCACGCUUUCCAGAACUGGACCGGCCUUCCCAGACAAGGAUGCUGGAUUUCUCAGCUGCUGUUCCAGGAUUACUUUGGCGAUGUGAACGUCGUCCACAGCGAGAUGCGCUUUGUGGACUACCUGCGGCUCAUCAAGAAUGAGACCACAUUUCAAGACUUCCGCGCCAAGGUGGAUGCCUCCGAUACCCACACGAAGAUGGCGGUGCCAGCGCUAAGGCUCCGCGCCAAGCUGGAGGCAGCCUUGCGCAAAGCAGUGGACGCUGCGCCUAGAGAGCCGCUGCGUCGUGCUACCGGGCGCCGCACAAGAGUCUGAGGCGCGGCAACCAGAUAAUCCAGAGGUCCAUCUUUAAGCAAACGGCGUGAC